AAUCAUGCAGGAUGCCGGCCCUCCAGGACCGACUUUGGGCACCCCGUCUUACGUGGUUAAUGUUACUUCUGUUUACGGACAUCUCUGUACAGCUUCUCAACAUCGAGCUUGUAAAAUGUAACUUUAAUCUUGAUGCAGCAGCUAAUGUAACAUACAUUCCUUGGAAAUGUCUUAACACAUAACUGUAUUUUUCAGACUCUAAGCCGCUACUUUGUCCCCACGCUUUGAACCAUGCGGCUUAUGUAUGUACGUUUCCAGUUAUUUAAAAAAAAAAAUUGUAGGUGCAGCUUAUAGUAAGGUGCGCUCUAUAGUGAGGAAAGUACGGAACUCUUUCUGUUACUUGACAACUUCUCGCUACAGAGCAAACAUCCAGGUAAUCCUUCCGCAUUGGCAAUGAAUGCAAAUGAUUCGGUCCAAGAAUUGUAGAAUCUCUCCUCGGCUAUUUUCCUCGUUUCCUCUUUGCUCUCCAUGAUCCACCUCACACCCAUCAGGUUGUUUACAACAGCCACCUGCCUUGCGCCCCGCCCAGCUGGAAGAAACGUCACAGGCUGUGACGCAAAUCUUUGACGGAAAUGUUUAAAUUUAAUUUUCUACACAUUUUUAUAGCAUUGGAAAACGUUAAGAAUGAUUGUGUCGUGUUUGUCCCCCUACAGAAACCAAAUUAAAACAAAAAAUAUGUUUCCCACCCCCAUCUUUUUCAAAUUUCAAACAUUUUUUGAAAAAGUUCCAGAGAGCCACUAGGGCGGCGCUAAAGAGUCCCGGGUUGCCAACCCCUGGUCUAUGUAAUAUUCUCAUUUUAAAUGUCAUAUUUUCAUCAGCUGUGAGUGGAAAAUCAUCAAGAUCAAGAUUUUUUUAUGUUUGUAGGCAAAUGUUUCAUGUCACCUUAAAAAAAUAUUUUUAUAAUGAUCAAUUCUUGUUCAUUGCAGUGUUGUGGUCCCUCUGCUGUGGAAAUCCUGAAGCAGAUAAACCCAGCGCCAAACUGACAGCAGACAGAACAAUCAUACCAGCAGGGGGCAGCAUAACACUGAGCUGCUCUGUGGACGAAUCUGAUGACUGGAAGUUUGACUGGUUCAGAAAUGAGCAACAAUAUUCUGUAGAUCAGUUCAGAGGAAACAGUGAACCAAACAGAGUCAUCAGUGUCUCAGAGGGAGGAGAGUACAGCUGCAGAGGAGGAAGAGGAGAUCCAGUUUUCUAUACUGAAACCAGCAGAGAGGUCACUAUUCAGAAAACAGUUCCCAUUACACCAACUGUGAUCCAACAACCCAAUUGGGCCCAGAUCUACAGAGGAGAGAGAGUCACUCUGAGAUGUGAGAUCCAGGAUGAUGGAGGAACUCAGUGGACGUAUGAAUGGAGACCAAACAAUAUAAACUCUCCAACAUCCAGUGAAUUCAUGAUCACUGCUUAUAACAGUGGAUAUUAUAGCUGCAGAGGAAGAAGAGACAGUUUCACCUUCACAGAGUGGGGAGUCAUCACAUUAACAGUGUUCUCACCCAAACCUCAGCCUGUCCUCUCUGUGUCUCCAUCAUGGCCGAAUCCUGGAGCCUCAGUGACUCUGAGCUGUGAGGGUUUGGAGCUUCAAUCAGCAGGAUGGAGGUUCUUCUGGUAUAAAGUUGUUCCUGAUCCAUCCAGCAUAUUCUACAGCGCUGAGCUGUUGCCUGGCAGCACCAUUGGGACUGAGCAGAACUCCUUCAUCAUUAAUGGACCGACUCACACAGCAGGAUUUGUGUGCAGAGCAGGAAGAGGAGAACCAAAGUUUUUCUCUGAUUACAGUGAACCAAAGUUUGUCUGGUCUGCAGGUCAGUUUGUUUUUGUUCUUUCAUUUUGGAUUUUUAUUCCACAAUUUGCAUUGCACUUUUGAUGAGCUCAGGUUUCUAGUUAAUGUUGUGAAUAAUGUAUUGUGUUCCUCCUGUUUAAUGUGUUGUUUUAUUAAUAGUGGUAAACACACCACUCAGUUAAGUUAGAGAAGAUGAUGAAUAUAAAGCUGAGACUAUUCUGAUAACAAUAACAAAACAAUGUGUUGUUGAAGCUAUGAAAUACUGAUGAAUGUAAUCCUCAGUCAUUGGCCUAAUUUCACCUGAAUGUAUCUCUUUUCCAAGUUUUGCACAUAUUAGGCAAAGAAUUAACUUUUGACUCUGGUUAAAUAGUUGGUGCACAUAGUUUUGGAAAAUAAGAAAAAAGAAGUUGGGAGCAGCAAUCGCCUAAUGUUGUUCCCUAGGGAGUGUCUAAUGGUAGAAUGAGUUUAUCUGUCAACGUGACAAAAUUAUUUAGCUUUCUGCUAAAAGACAGUGAUGAAGAGAAGAACAACCAGAAUACAGCAAAGUGUUGAUGGAGACGGACCAGAAGCAAUAAAGGGAAUGUUAACGUCUGGAACCACUAGGGGUGCUGUGGUGCAUGGGUAAGCUGCAAUAACAUGAAGAAGAAGCUGACUGAGCAGCCGGUUACCUGAGAGAACUUAUAUUAGUAUGUUGUUUUAUUUUCAGUCGCUUUGGUUGUUAUGUGUACUUAAUGUUUUUGUAGUGUUUUACACUAGAAGAAAAGUAUCGUGUGAUGUUUUUAAAUCAUCAUUAUUUUAUUAUUUUAUUUUAUUUCUAUUGGUACAUGCAUUUAUAAACAACACUGAGUCUCUUGGAAUUGCUUUGACAUUCAUUAAGCUCUGAUUUUUUAAACUUCAAAUUCAAUAACAAGUUGAAAAUUCUUGUCGUCCUUCACUAUUUAUAAUAAAUGAAGGAGAACCUCACUGCUGUUUUAUGUUAGCGUAGGUCCAUGGCUACUCAACUGCUUCGUUUUCUACAUGGAUGCACAAUUUUAUGAUUUGGUUCAACAUGUGAUUCAUAAAUGUGUUAAUUGUUUGGGUUCCUCUGCAUUUAUAUUUUUUGAUGUGGUGAAAAAUUUUGGUUACAACAGAAACCAUUGUACCUUAAAUAUUUAAAUGAUAGUAUUUAAGUGCUAUUUGGAAGUUUGAUUAACUCUGAAUUAUUUGCAGAAAUAUUUGAUAGAAGAUUGUAAGUUUUUUUAAAUUUCCUUCGCUUUUGACAUUUAAAGGUCAAAACCUUGGAGUCAUUUUUGACUAUUUCUGUUUUAACUACCAUAAAGUAACAAAGUAGCAGAUUAUCACUGCAGCAGUUUACAGUUAUUAAUAUUUAGCAAAGCUGAUAGUUUUUACAUUUUUUAUUUCAGUUUUGUUACCUCAAAUCUCUGAAACUCUGACAUUGUGGACUCUUUUCUCACUUAAAAAAAGAUAACUUUAAUAUCAAAUAUUAUUUGAGUUAACAUAUACAGUAUUUUCU